AUGGCAGAAGCACGUCCAAUAUUGUCUGAUGUUGGUUUAAUUCCAUUUUUUGACGUUGGCAAUGACAUUAAUUCGUUGGGACAAAGAUGGACACGCUGGCUUCGAUCUUUUAAUUUGUAUGCAACAGGUAAAGGAGUUGUAGAGGCACAACAGAAAAAAGCAUUAUUGUUACACAGUGCUGGAAUGGAAGUACAAGAUGUGUAUUAUACCCUGGUGGAACGAGACCCGGGUGAACAUGAAACAGUGUACGAAGUUACUGUAGAAAUUUUGAACAAUCACUUUACACCGCAAGUAAAUAACUCUUUUCAAAGAAACCAAUUCCGGGCAAUGGAACAAAAACCCCAAGAAACAAUUGAACAAUAUAUAACCAGGUUACGACAAAAGGUAAUUUAUUGCAAUUUUGGUAAUGUAGACGAAGCUAUUUGCGACCAAGUAAUAGACAAAUGUAGUUCAAAGAGAUUGAGAAGAAAAUUGUUAGAAAGGCACAAUGUUACCUUACAGCAAUUGCGUGAAACUGCACAGGCAAUGGAAGCUGCAGAGAAACAAGCAACUUCGAUAGAACAACCAAUUGAAUCUGUCAACAAAGUUUCAACUUAUGCAAGUAAGAAACAAAAUCAAAAUAAAUCAGAGUUUAAACAAAUAUCAUGCUACGCAUGUGGGUUUUCUGGACAUUACAAAACAGACCCAAAAUGCCCAGCAAAAGGGAAGAAAUGCAGAUUAUGCCAAAAUGAAGGACAUUUUGAAAAAUGUUGCAAGUCGAAGAAAAAAAUUUCAAAGAAUCACUUUUCAAGAAAAACAAAUGUGCGACAUGUUGAGUCUGCAGAUGAUACAUGCAGUGAACCAGAUUACGAUAACGAAGAUGAUGAUUAUGCAUUUACAGUACAUGGGAAUCAAGGCAAAGUCAGCAAAUUUACAGUUAAUGUUGGAGGUAUAGAUGUUCCUGUGGUGAUUGAUUCUGGUGCAACUGUAAACAUUAUAGAUAGGACACUUUGGGAACACUUAAAGAAGAAUAAGAUUAAGUGCGAGUCUAAGACAUCGUCUAAGAAUUUGUACGCUUAUGGUAGUAAUAAGCCACUUACUAUAGCAGGCAGUUUUAAUACAAAUGUUUGUGUGAACGACCACUGUGUUUCAGCUGAUUUUUUCGUGAUUGAGGAAGACGGCCAGGCAUUACUUGGACAUAAGACGUCAAUAGAACUUGGUGUAUUGAAAAUAGAGACAAAUGUUAACACAGUGACUGAUAAUGUGGUGAAAACUAACUAUACAAGUAAAUUUCCAAAGGUAUUUUCAGGUGUGGGGAAAUUAGUAGACUUUCAAUUGAAAAUUCCUAUAGACAAAAGCAUUCAACCUGUAAUUCAGCCAUUACGUCGUAUACCGUAUCAUUUGCGAGGAAAGUUAGAAGAAAAACUGAAUGAACUUGUAGAACAGGACAUUAUUGAAGCCGUUAAUGGGCCAAGUCAGUGGACAUCACCAAUUGUGGUUGUACCAAAGAAGAAUGGUGAUAUACGCAUAUGUGUUGACAUGAGGCGUGCAAAUUUAGCAGUCAUGCGUGAAAGAUAUCCAAUUCCAACUGUAGAUGAGGUAAUUCAAGAUUUGAAUCAAAGUAAAGUCUUCUCAAAGUUAGAUAUUAAACUUGCGUACCAUCAAAUUGAACUGACACCAGAGUCCAGACAGAUAACUUGCUUCAUGACACAUAAAGGAAUAUUCCGAUAUAAAAGGCUCAUGUUUGGAAUAAACUGCGCCCCAGAGAUGUAUAACAAAGUAAUGAGUCAGGUAUUUCAAGGACUUGAAGGAGUAAGAAACAUUUUUGAUGAUGUUGUUGUGUAUGGCUCGACUUCUAAUGAGCAUAAUGAGAGACUCGAUGCUGUUCUUCAAAGAUUAGAGGAAAGAGGACUGACACUUAAUAUUGACAAGUGUAAAUUCAACAUGGCAAACAUUGAGUUUAUGGGUCACAUGUUAUCAGAACAUGGGAUUGGUGUGUCUCAGUCUAAAGUUGAAGCAAUUGUAAAUGCUAGAAGGCCAGAAUCAGUUUCUGAGAUCAGGAGUUUUCUAGGGUUAGUUAAUUUUGUUGGUCGUUUCAUACCAAAUCUAGCAACUGUAGCAGAACCACUGCACCGCUUGCUCCACAAAGAGACAAAAUUUCAAUGGGGACCAGAACAAAAUGAUUCUUUCGAAAAAUUGAAAAAAGGUCUGGUGGAUGCGUCUAAUUUAAGCUAUUUCAGCUUGAAAGCGAAAACUCAAGUAAUUGCAGAUGCCAGCCCUGUAGGCUUAGGUGCUGUUCUAGUACAGAAACAGAAUGAUGAGUACAAAGUCAUAUGCUAUGCAAGCAGAAGUCUCACAACUAUCGAAAGGAAGUAUUCACAAACAGAAAAAGAGGCGUUGGGGUUAGUAUGGGCCUGUGAGAGGUUCCACAUGUAUUUACUGGGCCAUGAUUUUGAGUUGCUAACAGAUCAUCGUCCGUUGGAAUUUAUAUUCUCGCCUAAGUCUAAACCAUGUGCUCGAGUUGAAAGGUGGAUGCUUAGAAUGCAACCUUUUAAAUAUGUUGUGAAAUAUAUUCCAGGAUCACAGAAUAUUGCAGAUUCUCUAUCACGGUUAUUAGCGGUACUGAAAACUGAAUCAAAACAAGGAGAAAUAAAUCAAGCUGAGGAGUAUAUACGUUUUGUUGCAUCUGAAUCUACACCAAACGCUGUAAAGAUUGAAGAUGUGGAUAAAAUGUCACUUAAUGACAAAGAAUUACAAAAUAUUAGAAAUUGUUUGUUAAAUGGAAGAUGGCAAGAUUUGCUAAACAAACAGUAUUUAACAGUGAAACAGGAACUUAGUUCUAUAGGUCAUAUUGUUCUUCGUGGAACAAGACUUAUUAUACCGACUGAAUUGAGGAAUCAGAUACUGGAGUUAGGACACGAGGGACAUCCUGGAAUUGUUUUAAUGAAACAAAGAUUAAGAUCAAAAGUUUGGUGGCCAAACAUGGACAAGAGUAUUGAAGAGUAUUGUAAGUCUUGUUAUGGGUGCCAGCUUGUCGCAAACCCAGAGAAACCAGAACCGAUGAUACGAACGUCACUUCCGUCUAAACCGUGGGAACAGAUAUCAGCAGAUUUUUUAGGACCGUUACCGUCUGGAGAAUAUCUAUUUACCGUUGUUGACUACUAUUCAAGAUGGUUGGAAGUGACAAUUAUGAGUAAAAGUACAAGCGCAGACCGUGUAAUUGAUGCUCUGGACAAAAUGUUUACUAUACAUGGUUUACCUAUUUCAAUCGCAACUGACAAUGGACCUCAAUUUAUUAGUGACACUUUUAAAACAUACUUGGAUCAAAAUGGUAUAGUGCAUAGAAGAAUUACACCCUUAUGGCCAGCCGCCAAUGGGGAAAUAGAGCGUCAGAACCGUUCAUUGCUAAAGCGCAUGCGUAUUGCAAAUGCUGAAAAAAAGAACUUGAGUACUGAAAUACAAACAUAUUUGAAGAUGUACAGGUCAACACCGCAUUGUACUACAGGGGUAAGCCCAGCUGAAUUGUUAUUUAAUAGAACACUUCGCACAAAACUACCUGAUAUUCAGAUCCGUUCACAUGACGACACUGAAGUGCGUGACCGAGAUAGUCAAAGGAAGGAGAAAGGAAAACUAUAUGCGGACACAAGAAGGAAUGCGACAACAAAUGAUUUGAAAGCAGGAGAUUCUGUCUUAGUGAAACAAAAUAGAGGAAAUAAAUUGUCUACAACCUUCAAUCCGAAACCAUUCACACUGCUGGAAAAGCAUGGAAAUAGUGUUGUUGUUCAAAAUGAUGAUGGUGAUACAUAUAAGAGAAAUGUCACACAUAUCAAAAGAUUCAUUGAAAGGAAAUCUAGUGAAAAUCAAAAUGUCAAUAGUGAAAAUCUGGUUGAUAGUCUUUCAGAAUUUCAAAAAAGAAGAACAGCAUCAGAAAUGGAAUUCUUGCAUACUCAUUCCCAAGAGAAGUAG